AUGGCAAGGCCACUUCAGACACAACGGUCCCAGACUGAAGCCAGGGCGUCGCGACGGUGGAGCAGGAAAGACAAGACGCCGUCGGUUGGUACGCUCGGCCUAGCGUACUUAUCAACCUUCUCGCUCCAGGAUAUCGCCGGUCUCCAAGCUGAGAGUAGGUUUCUUGUUAGGGUGAACUGGUUCGGCCGUCCUGAGGGUGUGUCGGAAAGUGCCCACCCCAGGCAGAGAUCUGGACGUGGUUCCCUUGUCCUCAAAGCCCGCCACCACGACCUUUAUGAUUAUAGUGUCGAUGGGCUGAAUGGCAGUGGGCAAGGUCUCAAUCUUUCUGAAAGCAAGGGAAUGCAGGGGGGCAGGGGUACCGGACACAGUACAGUGGACACGCAUUCACAGUUUGUAUCUAAUGGGACAAAAAUCAACCCAUGCAUCGGAGGCGUUCUUAGGGAUGCAGUUCUCCAGCAUUUGAUAGGAGGUUAUGGCGAAGAAUAUGCUGGACGAAAAAAGGGCUGGCAACUCGGUACUGGGCUCGCAGCGAGAUGA